GUGGUUGAAAAAAAUAUUUGGAAACCAUCCCAUUCCAAAAUACGAGGCGAACCCACGGACGACAGAAAUUUUAUAUCACCUUUCAGAACGCAACAGAGUCCGGGACAGGGACAUCAACCUGGUAAUAGAGGACUUAAAACAGAAAGCAAACGAGUAUGAAUCAGAAGCCAAACAUCUUCAAGAUUUUCUUAUGGAGAGUGUGAAUUUUUCCCCUGCCAAUCUGUCUAACACUGGUUCCAGGUUUCUGAGUGCAUUGGUUGACAGUGCAAUCACCCUGGAAACAAAGGACACUUCACUAGCAAGUUUUAUCCCUGCAGUGAAUGAUUUGACUUCCGACCUUUUUCGUACCAAAUCCAAGAGUGAAGAAAUCAAGCUCGAAUUGGAAAAACUUGAAAAAAAUCUGACUGCAACAUUAGUGUUAGAAAAAUGUCUACGAGAAGAUCUCAAGAAGGCAGAGCUGCAUCUGUCUGCGGAAAGGGCCAAAGUUGACAGUCGUCUUCAGAACAUGGACUUCCUGAAAGCAAAGGCAGAGGAGUUCAGGUUUGGAAUCAAAGCUGCAGAGGAGCAGCUUUCUGCUAGAGGCAUGGAUGCGUCUCUAUCCCACCGGUCACUAGUGGCACUUUCAGAGAAACUCACAGAAAUAAAACAGCAGACUAUACCCCUGAAGAAAAAACUGGAGUCCUAUUUAGAUUUAAUGCCGAAUCCAUCUCUUGCUCAAGUGAAAAUUGAAGAGGCAAAGAGAGAAUUAGAUGCCAUUGAAGCUGAACUUACAAGGAAAGUAGACAUGAUGGAACUGUGACUAGAGCCCAGUAGACAUUCUUCUCCCAAGAAGUCAAUGACUGUUCUUAGAGGAGAUAAUAAUAUCCUUCUUGAUAAAAUAACAGUUUUUGGUCAUGCAUUUAAAUUUUUUUGGCCUAAGUACAGUUUUCAUAUGAAAAAGCAUUUUGUGUUACCUGUUAUUUGUAUACCUGGCAGUUAAGAAUCUCAAAAAUCAGGGAGGGGCUGGAGAGAUGGCUCCACAGUUUAGAGCAAUAAAUAUUGCUCUUGCAGAAGACUGGGGUUUGAUUCUCAGCACCCAUAUGGUGGCUCAAGACCAUGACAUCUCAAGACCAUUGGAUCUGACAUCUUCUGGCAUCUGCAGGCAUCAGGCACACAUGACACACAGACAUACAUGCAGGUAAAAUACUCAUACACAUUAAAAAAAAGAAAAGAAAAGAAAAUUCUGCCGAAGGCGGCAGUCCCUUAGGUGACCAUCAUUGAAAGGUUCAUUUAAUGCUGAUCAGCUCUACCUCUUCAAGAGACAGGCCCCGCCCCGUGACAACAAUCUGGGCACUCACUCUGCUGGGCCUAAUAAUAAACUGGUUAAUAUGUCUUA